AUGAGCUAUAUCCACCCCUCAUGGAACUAUCCAGCCCAUUCGGGUCUCCCAAUGGACCACACCCUUGCCUACGAUCCAACCAUGGUGCCGCCGCCCAUGAUGCACCAUCCCAUUGACGGCUAUCUCUACCCCCAUCCGCCGAUGGAGAUGCUUGACUAUUACCAUCAACCCAUCAUGGACUACGACGAAUACACAGAAAACCUGUCGCGUCCCCGCUUGACCAAAGAGCAGGUCGAGACGCUAGAGGCCCAGUUCCAGGCUCACCCCAAACCCAGCAGCAACGUCAAGCGCCAAUUGGCGGCUCAAACCAACCUGAGUCUGCCCCGAGUUGCGAAUUGGUUCCAAAAUCGACGCGCCAAAGCCAAGCAACAGAAACGCCAGGAGGAGUUUGAGAAGAUGCAGAAAGCCAAGGCCGAGGCCGAGGAGACGGCGCGAAAGAAGUCCGAGACGAUCGAUCAACUCUCCGAGUCUCGACAGGCGUCUGCCUCCCAAGAAGAACCCGAGCGGUCCCCAACCCCCAAGCAAGAGACGACCACGACCACCACAACCAGCACCGCCGCCACAUCGACAUUCGAAGACAGCAAUGAUGAUGCCAAGUCAAAGAAGCACCACAAGACAAAGAGUGAAUCUGCCAGGGAUGCCACAUUCGCGUCCCUGCAGCGGGCGUUGAAUGCUGCAUGCGCUGCCCGUGACCGCUUCACAGGGCGACGCGGUAGCAAGCAUGAGUCUACACCGGAGGAGGAACCCGUUUCUCCCACCUCCAUGGCCCCGCCCAGCAAGGCCUCCAAAGCACAGGAAAACAAGAUUCAGGUGGCCGCCUACAGUACCGGCUACUCAGACUGGCAUAACAGUGAGGAGUCGGCGUCGUGGGCAUCACCCCAUGGCCAAUCCGAGACCAAUUCCUGCCAAGCACCGCCGGCGGCGCCGAGUUCCUCGCACUCAGUACAGCAGAACGUGGAUGCCUUCUCGGGAGCUCAGUUUCGUCCUCACAAUGAGGAGUGGGCAAAGCACUCGAAGGAUCAGCUCUCUGUGCACGGCAUGGGCCCUGAUGCCAACCUCGGCUACAACAACAACAUGCAGUACCCGAUGGCCUUGCAGACUCCAGACAUCUCCAUGAUCCGGCGUGAAUCGUCCGGUGCGCUCACUUCCUUGGAUGGGAUUGGGAUCCACACGGGCGAGUCGGGGAUGCCGCAGUCCACAGGCCGUGUUGGAGAAUCCUCAUGGAAAGAAGCCGGAAAGGAGCUUGAUCUUGCCGCACGGCGAAAGCGCCCGCGUCCUGCUGCCAUUGGCACCUCCAAUACCCGCUCCCUGGCUGUCUCGACUUCCAUGUCUUCCCUCUCUCCAACUAGCCGCAUUCCCAGCUCUGCCGGCGCUGGCAACUCGAUGAGGCACUCGAAGUCGACGCAGAGUCUGAACUCCCGGUAUGCGGGUGUUCGAAAGGCGUCGGCUGCUCACCGCUCUCCCCUGAACUUCACCUUUGCCGAAUCUGGGUCCAUGAAGGCCAGCAAGGCCGAGAUGCUGCGCCCGUCGGUAUCUUCGACCACCUUGGCUCCGCCAACCCCUUUGACUCCUCAAGACUUCCAGCACUUCAUGCCUGCCUCGCCGACUGAUAGCAACUAUUGCCUUUCUGCGCAUUCCACAACUCAAUUCCUCCCUUCCUCGCAGCCGAUGCAAGUGAACAUUGCAUCGCCGCCCACCACGCCGCUCGAUAUCUACUCCCCCUUCGCGUACCAACAUGUCGGCCCGCCGAUGUCAGCUCCCGCACAGGUUUCUACUUUUCCCGAGUAUGUGAGCUGUGAGCCCGUGCCUAUGACGGCCCGGAGCUGGGCAGACACUGGCUCCCUCUCCUCGCCCGACUUCCAGAGCGGUCUUCAGGUGCCCCAUUCAAGCACUGUCUCGCCCAUUGGGUUUGAAGCAGUUGUUGACCACCCUGGGCAUGCCUUCGGGAUGGAGUCCGUGUCUGGCUCCCCUUCUUUAAUCUACUCGAUUGAAGACACGGACCUCCAGGGCUCUGCGGAUACCGGUGAGAGGAAGCAAGCUGAGUUUAUGAUGCACGAUUACUCCGAGCAGCAGGACCCCCGCUUUUCUGCCCACCACAUGGCGCACAAGACGAAGGGCUAUACGUUUGCGAACAACACGACCCCGAGCAACUACCCUUCAUGA